AUUUAUGUUAUUUGCUAUAAAUAAAGACGAAUAAGAACACUGGUGCAUCAUCAUAGAUAGAGAAGCUUUUCGGUGGAGAGGAAGAUCGGAACGAAAGGGAAACGAACAGCAGAUUGUUUUCUCCCUCACUUCUAGGGCUUAAAUCUAUCGGGAAAUUCUGCGCUAGGUCUAUUAUUUGUGCAUGCGUAUGUACUCCAUUGUGUUUGUGGAAUCAGAGGAUUUGAGAUAGGAGUUCAAGAAUUGUGAAUUCGACCGCGUUUAGAGCUUGAAUUGGAUUGAGAAUGUUUGUUCGCAAAUGCCAAUCGUUGAGAUUUUGAGCACCGAUCGUAUACGGAAGCUUUGGAUAUCUCAGCGUCGGAUUGAAGAAGAUGGACGCUGAUUCGACUAUGACGUCGGAAUCCGAUCAGGAUCCGAAGAAUAAUGGGUCUGGCCCCGAGCAAUUAAGAAGUGAGACGCCCACCGGAGAGUCACCGGAGCAGCUGACUCCUCCGUCUCAACAGAAGCAGCAGCAGUCGCCACCCACGACUCUGCCUCUUCCCACGCCUCCACCCCAACACAAUAUAAGUCCGGCUGUGGGGCCUAGGUGCGCUCCUACCCUCUCGGUGGUGCACCCUAUUCUGGAGAAGGAUGAUGGUCCGGGACCAAGGUGUGGUCACACGCUAACUGCUGUCCCGGCUGUGGGAGAGGAAGGCACUCCUGGAUAUAUUGGUCCUCGGCUUAUUCUCUUUGGUGGUGCCACUUCACUAGAGGGAAACUCUGCAGCCUCAGGGACUCCUUCAUCUGCUGGAAGUGCUGGAAUUAGGUUGGCUGGGGCUACGGCUGAUGUUCACUCUUAUGAUGUUUUGACUAAUAAAUGGUCUAGAAUUAAUCCAAUUGGAGAGCCCCCCACGCCGCGGGCAGCCCAUGUAGCAACUGCUGUUGGUACCAUGGUGGUGAUCCAGGGUGGAAUUGGUCCGGCUGGUUUGUCUGGUGAGGAUCUUCAUGUCCUGGAUCUAACUCAACAACGAUCACGGUGGCAUAGAGUUGUAGUCCAAGGUCCUGGGCCAGGGCCUCGUUAUGGACAUGUCAUGGCUUUAGUGGGGCAAAGAUACCUAAUGUCAAUUGGUGGAAAUGAUGGGAAACGGCCUUUAGCAGAUGUUUGGGCUUUAGAUACAGCAGCGAAGCCAUAUGAGUGGCGUAAACUGGAACCUGAGGGUGAAGGACCACCUCCAUGCAUGUAUGCAACUGCAAGUGCACGCUCUGAUGGUCUUCUACUACUCUGUGGAGGGAGAGAUGCAAAUAGCGUACCACUAGCAAGUGCAUAUGGGCUUGCUAAACAUAGAGAUGGUCGGUGGGAGUGGGCUAUUGCUCCUGGUGUGUCACCAUCUCCUAGAUAUCAACAUGCUGCAGUUUUUGUUAAUGCAAGGCUCCAUGUAUCUGGAGGGGCUUUGGGUGGUGGACGUAUGGUCGAGGACUCCUCCAGCGUGGCUGUUUUGGAUACUGCAGCUGGGGUCUGGUGUGAUACAAAGUCUGUGGUUACUAGCCCAAGAACUGGGAAAUACAGUGUGGAUGCUGCAGGUGGAGAUGCAGCCGUAGAGUUGACAAGGCGUUGCAGGCAUGCUGCUGCUGCGGUUGGAGAUUUAAUCUUUAUUUAUGGCGGUCUACGCGGUGGUGUAUUGCUGGAUGACUUGCUUGUUGCUGAAGAUUUGGCUGCUGCUGAAACGACAAGUGCUGCUUCUCAUGCAGCAGCAGCAGCCGCAAAUAUACAAGAGAGAAUGCAAGGGAGGUAUGUUUAUGUUGAUGAAAGAAUGAGACAGACAAUGCCUGAAACAUUGAGUGAUGGUGCUGUUGUUUUGGGAAAUCCUGUCGCGCCCCCUGUAAAUGGGGAUAUGCAUACAGAUAUAAGCACUGAAAAUGCUAUGCUUCAAGGAAAUCGUAGAUUGAGCAAAGGAGUAGAGUAUUUAGUUGAGGCCUCUGCAGCCGAAGCAGAGGCUAUUAGUGCUACAUUAGCUGCUGCCAAAGCUCGACAAGUUAACGGAGAAGUUGAACUACUACCGGAUAGGGAUCGUGGUGCGGAUGCAACUCCUAGUGGAAAAGAACCAUCAAGCCUGAUCAAGCUUGAUCCUGCUCUAGCAAACACUUCUGCUACACCUGGAGUUCGGCUACAUCACCGUGCGGUGGUUGUUGCUGCAGAGACCAGUGGAGCUCUUGGGGGAAUGGUUAGACAACUCUCCAUUGAUCAAUUUGAAAACGAAGGAAGACGAGUCAGUUAUGGUACUCCAGAAAAUGCAACAGCUGCAAGAAAACUUUUAGAUAGACAAAUGUCAAUCAACAGUGUUCCCAAAAAGGUCAUUGCUCAUCUUCUAAAACCGCGGGGUUGGAAGCCACCUGUUCGACGACAGUUUUUCUUGGACUGCCAUGAGAUAUCUGAUCUUUGUGACUCUGCAGAUAGACUCUUUUCAUGUGAGCCUACUGUCCUACAGCUCAAAGCUCCUAUCAAGAUAUUUGGUGACUUGCACGGCCAGUUUGGGGAUCUCAUGCGUCUUUUCGAUGAGUAUGGAUCUCCUUCAACUGCAGGAGAUAUAUCAUAUAUCGAUUAUCUCUUCCUAGGAGAUUAUGUUGAUCGUGGCCAGCAUAGCUUGGAGACUAUAACACUUCUGUUGGCUUUGAAGGUCGAGUAUCCUCACAAUGUUCACCUAAUCCGUGGGAACCAUGAAGCUGCAGAUAUAAAUGCACUUUUUGGAUUUCGGAUCGAGUGUAUUGAGCGACUGGGUGAGAGAGAUGGAAUCUGGGCAUGGCAUCGUUUUAACAGACUAUUUAACUGGCUUCCUCUGGCAGCAUUGAUUGAGAACAAGAUUAUCUGUAUGCAUGGUGGUAUUGGGAGAUCCAUCAAUCAUGUAGAACAAAUUGAGAAUAUUCAGCGCCCUAUUAGUAUGGAUGCUGGCUCAAUUGUGCUCAUGGAUCUGUUGUGGUCUGACCCAACAGAAAAUGACAGUGUUGAGGGAUUGCGCCCAAAUGCUAGAGGUCCUGGAUUAGUUACUUUUGGGCCUGAUCGUGUGAUGGAAUUUUGCAACAACAAUGAUCUUCAAUUGAUUGUUCGAGCGCACGAAUGUGUGAUGGAUGGCUUUGAACGGUUUGCUCAGGGACAUUUAAUUACUCUGUUCUCUGCCACAAAUUAUUGUGGCACCGCAAAUAAUGCUGGUGCGAUCUUGGUACUGGGGAGAGAUCUUGUUGUAGUUCCAAAAUUAAUUCAUCCACUGCCACCUGCACUUUCAUCACCCGAAACAUCACCGGAGCGGCACAUAGAAGACACAUGGAUGCAGGAACUUAAUGCUAACCGGCCUGCUACACCAACGAGAGGUCGUCCUCAAGGCGCCAAUGACCGAGGUUCUCUAGCCUGGAUGUAGAACAUAUAGUAGUUGGUUGCCAGAAUCGUUUUCUGCAACUUGGCAUGAUGAUCCGAUUGGGAGGGUUUUCCAGAUUUGCCUAUUUAUAGGUGCCGAAUUGGAUGUGGUAUGGAAAGGCCUUCCGAAAACAUUCCGGGUUGCAAAGAUAAGGCAGAUUGUCUAUAUAUCAUGAUGGUGAAAUGCAGUUGGGGGCUUCAAGAGUGUUUCCCCUUGUACAUUUUAUCGCAGGCAGGCUAGACGGGACAGAAGUGGGAUCAUUUCCAAUAUGGUUGGUUAGUUUCAGUAUUUUCAUAUCUUUUUUUUUCUUAUUUUUUUUUCUGAUUCCGGGUUUAGGUGUGUUAUCUUUGCUUGGGUUAAAAGAGGGGUAAAGGUGGGUCCUUGUAUACAAUUGCUUAGAUAGAUGAAGAAUCUUGGCGAGCUUCCUUUGUAUUAUAUAGGUGUGGUCUUGUAGGUUUGUUAGUUUGUCUUGUAGAAGAACAUUGGUUAGGGAAUAAUAAGCCCCUUUUCAGAUGACACUUUGUUAUUCGCUUCCUGUACUUGUAGUUCAACAGGAUUUACCAUUGUAUUUGUUUGUGUCAAGUAACUUGUAGAAAGAAAUAAUGGAACCCGUAUGCCUUGAUGUGAUUCUAGGUUUCAGUUAUAAGGGGAGAUUC